AAGGUGAUAGGGAGAAGACACAACCAACACCCCUUCCUAGUCCCUCUUGUUGCAAAGCUGAAGAGCGGAGAAUGUUGUAUUCAUGGGAAAAAAUUUGUGCAUUUAUAUCAGAUGAGAAUUUAUGGGAUGAUCUUUUGACAGAUCUUAAUUCUG